CGCACGUCCCUACUAAAUGUAGUCAUCCAUAGGAGCGAGCAGAAUCAGUGUGAAUGUAGAGAAUUCAUUGAAGUGAGUGGCUUCAAAUUGUAUGGCGUUUCUUCCAUCACCUCCAAUGGCAGUUGCGUUUUGUGUUAAGCUCGGUAUUCUGUUGGGGCUGCUGUUCGGACAGGCUCAGUCAGCUCGGUUAUACACUGAAGAGGAUCCAGUGGUCAUACUGAGCAGCGACAGCCUGAAGCAGACCGUGCUCAACUCCUCCAGCGCCUGGCUGCUUCAGUUCUACUCGUCGUGGUGCGGCCACUGUAUCCAGUACUCGCCUACAUGGAAAGCACUGGCUGGCGACGUGAAGGACUGGUCACAGGCCAUUCGUAUAGGAGUUCUGGAUUGUGCUCAUGAGAAGAACUUCGACAUCUGUAAGGAGUUUGGAAUCCACUUCUACCCCACCUUCAGGUAUUUUAAGGCACAUGACACCACAAAUGAUUUUGGGAAGACAUAUCGUGGGGCUGACAGAGAGCUUCAGACAGUGAGGCAGUUGAUGGUGAACUUCCUCCAAAACCACACAAAACAUGACUGGCCUGUGGGCUGCCCUCCCCUUGACCCUGCCAGGUCUGAGGACAUCCUGUCCUUAAUGGGGAAGAAAACGGAGUUCUAUACUGCAGUUAUAGUUGAGGACAAAGACUCUUAUAUAGGAAGAGAGGUAAUUUUGGACCUAAUGCCAUAUGAGGGUUUGGCAGUGAAGAGAGCUCUGAGCUCAGACAAACUUCUAAUGGAGAAACUAGGGAUAAGCUCAGUUCCCUCAGCGUACCUCUUCUAUCCCAAUGGCACGCACACUGUCAUGAAUGUGUACUCAGAAGAGGCUACGCUCUUCUCUUCCUUUCUCAAACUCCUCCCUGGAGUACAUAGGAAACAGACCAACUCGGCCCUGCAGCGUCCUCAGCCUGGGAAUAAUGGACAGGGAACCCAGGUGGAGUGGAAAGAGUUUGAAAAGUCUAAGGUAUAUAUGGCAGAUCUGGAAUCUGGCUUACACUAUCUACUAAGGGUUGAACUGGCCACCCACAAGACCUUAGAAGGAGAAGAACUAAAAACUUUCAAGGACUUUGUAACGGUUGUCGCCAAGCUAUUUCCAGGUCGCCAAUCUGUGGUGAAACUCCUCGAGACGUUGCUAGAAUGGCUAGUCAGUUUACCUUUGGAGAAGAUCCCCUAUGAUGCUAUCCUGGACUUAGUUAAUAACAAGAUGAGGAUCUCAGGGCUGUACCUGAGUGAGCAAGUGCAGUGGGUUGGAUGCCAGGGUAGUAGUGUGGCACUAAGAGGAUAUCCCUGCUCCCUCUGGACUCUGUUUCACGUUCUGACUGUGCAAGCUGCCAACCGACCUGAUGCUCUAGCCAACACUGGGUUUGAGGAUGAUCCCUUGGCUGUGCUUCAAACCAUGCGUCGCUACAUUGGGACCUUCUUUGGUUGCCAGGAGUGUGGGAAGCAUUUUGAGGAAAUGGCUCAGGAGUCUCUGAACCAGGUCAAGUCUGUUGAUCAAGCAGUACUGUGGCUGUGGAGAAAACACAACCAGGUUAAUGCAAGACUGACAGGUUCAAUGAGCGAGGACCCUAUGUUUCCUAAGACUCAGUGGCCGACUCCUGAUCUCUGUCCCACAUGCCACGAGGAGCAAGAAGGCCUUCAUGUCUGGAACGAACAGAUGGUACUCGCCUUCCUCAAACAACACUACGGUGCCUCAAACAUCUCCCCAAAAUACUCCAGCAACAGCCCCGACAGACCCAAAACCAUAACCAAACCCAACAGCAACGUUCACCUCAACCAAAACCUAAAGCCAUCUCCCGACAGCGCUCCUAAACACCAGAAGAGGACUGACACCAAUGGUGCGGGAGAGAAGCACAACGGUGUCCAGAUAGAAGCUAGGCCAGGGAUGACGUUCCUGGGUCUGGGAUUCUCCAGCGUGGACAUGAGUCUCUGCGUGCUCCUCUACGCCCUGUCCUGCGUCUUCCUCAUGUUCAUGUUUUUCUUCUUCCGCUUUCGCUCAAAGAGAUGGAAAGCCAGAAACUACCGGCCUUACGUAUAGCAGCUGGAAAACUAUGGAUAAGGUGAAUGUAAUAUAUGAAACCCCUGCCAAGUGUUGAAGGAGACUUUUAAUUUAUUUGAUUACUUUUGUUUCCGUUUUUGUUGUUUUUAUGAAGUGUUUUGUAAUGAAGAACUUGUCUAAUGACUGAUGAAAGUUUAACUCGUUAUCAGGCCUAGUUGUGUGAACAAGCACCUGUUAGCGAGGAUUUCUCAACCCUAAACAAACAGAGAGAUUGAUUUAACAGGAGAAACUAUUUUAUUAUAGUAAAAGUAACAACCUAGGUCAAAGUAUAUUUUUAUGAAUAUUCUACAUUAUUUAUAGAGAUUUUUAUUGAAAUAAUAUAUCCUAAGUUUCUCACAGGGUAUAUAUCGCUCUCUAUGAAAGUCACUUUGUCCCCAUAUUUCUGUUUGAUGGUCCAAAAAACACUUGGGAAUGUGAUUUAUUCUGUCGCUCAAGGUCGCUAGCGGAGAAGCCAGUGACACGUAACACACUGCCUGUCAAUGACCAGAUGUGGAAAACCCUUGGUUUUGUUACUCUCAUGGUCCAUUGAAAUAUGCUAUUUGAACUGUUUUUUUUUUUUGUUUUUUUUUAAGUCUGCAUGUGAAGUCACAAAAAGAGCUACAGUGGUGCAUUAAUUUUAAACAUAAUUUCUGUUGUUUUUUUUUAACCUUGUCAAAUUGCUUCAUAAUUGGUUGUAUUGGUCCAAUCAGCAGUUAGAGAUUUAUAAUGACUACAAUAAUCUCUUCCAAAAAAAUAAAAAGGUAUCAAAUUUUCAGAUUAGUUUUAGCGCUCGGUUACACUGAGCGCACUUAGUGAGUAAACCUUUAUUCAUAAUCUCUGUUUUGUUUUUAUUAUAGAUUAGAGACUUCUUUUGAACUGGAACUUAUUUCAAUAAUUAAUUUUUUUGUCUAAGUCACUGUAAAAAUAAAUGCAUUCUGUUGUGAAGCUCAUAAAAAACACAACAUAUAUGUUGAACCUUAAGGAAACGAUUAUUACAGUGUACUCAGAGUAGUGCUGUCAAACGAUUAAUCACGAUUAAUCGCAUCCAAAAUAACCGUUUUUGUUUACGUGAUGUGUGUAUACUGUGUAUAAUUAUGUAUAUAUAAAUACACACACAUUCAGGAUAUAUUUUGAAAAUAUAUACAUGUAUAUAUUAGUGCUGUCAAACAAUUAAUCGCGAUUAAUCACAUCCAAAUUAAAAGUUUUUGUUUCCAUAAUAUGUGCAUAUUUAGUACGUAUAUAUAAAUGCACACACAUACAGUAUAUAUUUUGAAAAUUUUUACAUGUAUAUAUUAACAUUCAUAUAAUUGAUAUUAUAUCUAAAUAAGUGUAAUAUAUAAACAAUAUUUUUCUUACAAAUAUACAUGCGUGUUUGUGUGUUUACAUGUAAAUAAUAAAUAUACACGGUGCACACACAUAUUAUGGGAACAAACUUUUAUUUUGGAUGAGAUUAAUCACGAUUAAUCAUUUGACAUCUUUCGGAUAUAUUUAUAUUCAUAUAAUUUAUAUUAUAUAUAUAAAUAUAUUUAUUAUAUAAACAUUACAUUUGUCAUAAAUAUGUACAUAAUAAAUAUACACAGUACACACAUAUAUUAUGUAAACAAAAACUUUUCAAUGUGGAUGCGAUUAAUCGCAAUUAAUCAGUUGACAACUCUGAGGAUUCCUGAUCACACACGGUUAUUGUUCAACGUCUAUAUUACUACAGCAGUAUUUUGAUUCAAAGUUCAGAAUUAAAAAGUGUUGAUAUUGUAAAACUUUCCUUAUCAGCAUUUGAUUUGUGAAUUGAAUUGUAAUGUGUUUUGCUUCUAAUAUUUAUUUCAUGGAGCAGUGUUGAUGUGGACCUGAGGCUAAAUAUUUAUGAAGCAUUUUUAAUAAACUACGGCUUCUGUGUUGUGACAGUGUAUGUGCACAUAAUGGUGGCCUUCUAAGCUGCUCCAAAUGAACGGCUGUAAAUGACAUUGCAUUUAGCUCUUAUUUCCAGUGCUUUAAGAAUUAUAUUUUUAUGUAAAGACUAUUUUGGGGGGUUGUUCUGUAUAUAUGUCAUUUGUUCUUUCAGGCGAGUCGUUGCAUUUUGUAUGAAGAACACUGUACGUUGUCUUUCAAAUAAAAAUGUUUAAUUCC